AUGCAAUAUUGUUCGAGUCAAUGUUUUCAUCGAGCAUUUUACGCUAUUUUAAUUGGAAUAUCACCUAUUGUUACAUGUCUUUUAUUACUUGGUCUAAUUCGAAUUAUAUUACAUUGCCUUGAAACAGCUUGUUAUCGACGACAAAAAGCAUAUGAUCGUCGUCGUUCAUCGUCAUUUUUUUAUCAAGGUGACCGUCCUACUCUUUUAUAUACACCAGUAUCGUUUGCUGAAUUACAACGUAUUAUUCAAGGUGAAUAUCAAAGUGAACAACAAAAUGAAUCAUUAUCAUUAUCAAUUCCAAAUGAUGAUAAUGACACGAUUAAAGCAACUAAAUUUAUGAAAUCAAUACUAUCAAGACGUGAAUCAUCAUCACCAAAUUCAACCAAUACUAUUGCAAAUCUUGUUAUUCGUCGUAAUGCUAUUGGUACAAUUCCGUUUACAGCAUUAUUUGCGUCUGUUUCUACACCGGCAACACCAACAUUCGAUAUGAUUAAUGAACAAAAAACACGUCGACCAAGUUUUAUGCGUAUUAAGCAUGAAUCCAGUGAAAAAACAACAUUAACAGCAGUAAAUAACGAUAAUUAUCGUUUGAAUAGACUUGAUUCAUCUGAAUCUGAUCCGGUAGAAACUGAUCCACUAUUUAGACCACCAAUGAGAACAAUGUCAUCUACAACCACAGCUAUUAUAGAAGAAUCUCGUGAAUUCCAUUCAGCUCAAUCAAUACCAUAUGCAUUCAAUUAA